GGCCUGACGCCCCAAGGCGAAGGAGGCGGUGCAGAGGCUCCCCGCCCCUGCGCCGCCUGCCGUCGGGCUCCGCCCCGCGCAGCCCUACAGAGCAAAGCCCCUGUGCGUAAGCGCACCCCGGCAGCUGAGGCUGGAGGCCGCAGGAGUGGGAGCCAGUAAGGGGCUUCGAGAAGGAAACGGCGGUAGCGCCCGGUGGUCCAAGACGCGAGCGCGGGUACCUGCGAAGCGCCAGGUUCCGGCGAACGCACCAGCUGAGCCCUCAGCAGCGGGAGCCCCCGCGCCAGUUUGGUUUGGGAACCCACCCGGAGGAGCCUGACCAUUCUGCCUCUCGUGGCCAGUAUGCUGACUGCCCGCUUCUCCAGACCCCCGUCACAGCUCCCGAGGAAAACCCUGAAUUUCUCUGAUAGAGUAAAUGGAGCAAGAGGCUCGCUGCUGUUUCACUCUGCCUCCUUUGUCCCUGUUGACCGUCGGACUUACGCUGCUUCGGUGAACCCGGUUGGCAGCAAAGCUGUCUUGGUUACAGGCUUUGACUCUGGAUUUGGGUUCUCCUUGGCCAAGCAUCUGCAUUCAGAAGGCUUCCUUGUAUUUGCUGGCUACUUGAUGAAGGUAAGAGAUGGGUCAGGCCUGGUUAACAAUGCGGGCAUCUCAAUGUUCGGGGAUGUGGAGUUCACCAGCAUGGAGCCUACCUACAAGGAGGUGGCGGAAGUAAACCUCUGGGGCACAGUGCGGGGGACAAAAUCCUUUCUCCCCCUCAUCCAGAGGGCCACAGGCUGCGCGGUCAGCGUCAGCAGCAGGCUGGGCCGCAUGGCCCACGCGGCCGGCCCCCCGUACUGCAUCACCAGGUUUGGGGUGGAGGCUUUCUCUGACUGCCUGCGCUACGAGGUGCACCCACUGGGAGGGAAGGUCGGCGUGGUGGAACCCGGCAACUUCAACGCCACCACCAGCCUCUACGGCGCUGAGCGCAUCCAGGCCAUCGCCAAUAAGAUGUGGGAUGAGCUGCCUGAGGGGGUGCGCAAGGACUACGGCAGGAAGUACUUUGACGAGAGGGUCGCGAAGAUGGAGACCUACUGCAACAGCGGCUCCACGGACACGUCCCCCGUCAUCCGCGCUGUCACCCACACCCUGACCUCCGCUACCCCCUACACUCGCUACCACCCCAUGAACCACUACUGUUGGGUGCGAAUGCGGAUCACGACCCACUUGCCCGGAGCGAUCUCCGACAGGAUCUACAUACACUGAGGAGUUUCGCACUGGCCUCUGUUGGGGAGCC